AUGUUAUUUCUCAUAGUGAUUUUCGGCAAAAAUAAACGAUUCAGUAAUUCGUUUUAUCGUAUUGUUCAAUGCGAUUUGGUUCUGGUAAGUGCUUUUGGGUUACUCUAAGAUCUCUACAGUACCCAUAAGCAUGUUUAGUGUCAAAAAAUCGCAAAUUUCCCUCAGAACCUCUGCGUCUACACGAAUUCCUGGGUCCAUCGCCUAGCUCAACGUCCUUCCACCGGAUAUCUCCUCCAAAAUAUUCCUCGCCAAAUUCUAGUCAUCACCUCCUACACAAUGCCAUUCUUCUCUCACCUUCAAACUGUCAGUAUAACCCUACUGUGUUUCUACCGCUACAGUUUGCUGCUGGAAUUCAUGAAUUUCAACAAGUUCUGGGCAAAAUGGUAAGGUGCUUUUUAUCUGAUUUUUCCAUAUAGAGUUAAUGCACAAUAAAUCCUAACCGAACUUUUUUAAACGUAAAAAACCAUGUUUAGCGAUAAGCCUACGACAGACUUUAAAGUAUUACUUAUCACACCCCGGUACCUUUAUCGUAUAGUUAACUUUAGGCGAAAUAUCAACCGUACAAGCUUAACCGUAUUUUACAUAUCGAGGUUAACUCUAAACAGCUUAACCGUACAAGCCCUCACACUAAUAAGGUUAUUCAGGUACUGUAAACCCUAAUUUUUUACCAGGUAUCUAUUAGUAUACCUCGGCCUCAUCACCUACACCAUCGCAAUGAUCCUCCCAAUCUCAUUCACAUUUUUCCCGCUGGUCUACAAUUCAACAGAUGGUUGUUUCGUCAUACAUCCCGAUUACUACGGCACAAAUCACUAUGUAUUCGGUGCAACUGUGUGGAUUGUCUCAAAUGUUCAUCUAAUAAUCAUCACAACUCUCGGAGUUUUAACUGUUUCUAAGCUGCGCAAACGAUUUUCCCAACAUCAGAAUGAUACGAUAAGGACUCGAGAUAUGAUGAAAAGAGUUACGUUAAUUGUGGCGAUUAAUUCGGCUAUCUAUAUUAUAAUCAUUUUUUGGUUGCUUGUGGUUGGCGUCAUUUUUCCGGAUAUGAAUCAGGUUACACAGUUUGAAAUACUCGUGACAGUUUCGGAUAUGGUGAGUUAGCCUAAAUCGACCCUUCCAACAAAAAGAAAAUGAAUUUUUUCUUCAGAUCUCCUUCAGUAUGCCCUACACUCUUCUAUUUUUCGAUAAAAACAUCCAGGAAAUGAUGUCAGAAAAAAUUCCAAGCUUCUCAAGGAACCCAAGUAGCAUUGCUGUUGCACCAAUGACAUGA